AUGCAAACUGAUUAUUUUUCUUAAAGAUCAGCCAAUCAGAAUAGUUAGAGUGCUAAGAAUUUUAUUUAACAAAAUAGAGGGCCAAAAACUGCUCCACCAGCCAUGUAUUCAGUUCCUUGCAUGAAUUGCGAGAAUUUAAUACCUAUAAAUGAGAUCGAUCUGCACACAAUGAAAUGUUUGAGUGUUUCAAAGAGUGUAACGGCAGUACUAAAAUCGAAUAGGAUUCUAGAUGAAAUAAAUUUCAAGAUUUCAAAGCUGAGAGAUUCAAUUUAACAAUUAAAUUCAAAGGAAUCGAAAUAAGAAAUUAAAAAGUAUUUAAUCAGAGCAGACGAAAUGUGUGAGCAAAUAUAGACAAUACAAAACACAAAUCAAAUUGAAUUACGAAAACUGUAGGAUUUAAAUUAAGAGUUAAGAACAAUGACAGAAUCUUACCGUGGUUCUUUAGCUAUCGCAUUAUAUCUAGAAAGAUUGCAUUCCUUAGGAUUGUAAAAGCAAACCUAAUUAGAAAAGGAGAUACGCACUCCCCGAGUUGAUAUUCCGAAACCCAAUAACAAUAAUAUCAAUAACAAUAAUUAAAUGAAUAGUAAUUAACUAAGCAACAAUUACAGUAGUUAUAGUAGUGCAUAAUAGUUAUCUACAUAUCGCUUUUAAUAACCUUCUGAAUAGAGUAGAAAUUCGCAAUUGCCACCUCCAUCCUAAUUUUAGAAUUCCCCAUAUGGAAGACCCACAAUUAUAACUAAAUUCUCUGGUAGUUAAGAUAGAAAUUAAUUGCAUGAUAUGAAAAGUGAAAUAUUGACUAAGAUAUCAACAUCCUAAUUUGAUGAAAGUGAAGCCAAUCAAAAUGAUAGUGAUCUUAAUAACUCUAAUCAAUAUAGUUAGCAAUAAAGAAUAUUCUAUUCUAAAUGUUUAGCUUAGAAAACCAAAUUACCCAAUACUCACCCAUCCCAAAAAAUACCUUUGUGUAUACUUCAUAAGGAGAUGCUUCAAAGAAAGAUUCCAAAUUCAAUGUGGGACAAAUUCAUCAUGGAUGCUUUGAAUAACCCCCAUCAAUACUUAGAUAUGAACAAAGUAUGGAACACUCAAGGUUUGAAGAAUCAAUUAAGAUCCAUGACUCAAGAACACUAAUUCAAGUAAAGAAUACACAACAUUUGA